CUCACUCACGCAGCUCCCUGAGAAAGUCCAGACUCUGCCUCGGACAGGCCUACGGGGAUCUGAGGCGGGCACCACGUGGGCUUGGCCCCGCCCUGCUGCCCAGAAACCCGUGGCACUGCGCGUGCGCCAUCCCGACGCCGACUACUUCUCUCACAACUGCUCUAGUCUCUUCUGGGCUUGCCUAGGCGGGCAUGCGCAGUUUCACUGUGGGCAGAGCUGGGCCUCGGGCUGAAAGUUGUCCGAGGCCAGCCUCCUGCUCUUCCAGGAAAAGACGUGUCCCUUGGAGUCCUGUUCCCAACUCAGCCUGCAGAGGACCAGGCCUGGCCUCAGCAGCCAUGGCCCCUGGGAGCUGCAGACCCCCACCCCAGGCUUUGGUGACCUUCCAGGAUGUAGUCGUGGACUUCACCCCAAAGGAGUGGGGCCUCUUGGACCCUUCUCAGAAGGAGCUGUACAAGGAGGUCAUGCUGGAGAAUGUCCAGAACCUGCUCUCCCUGGGACUUCCUCUUCCCAGAGAAGAUUUGCUCUCCCAUUUUGAGCGAGGGGAAGGCCCGUGGAUGCCUGAGCAAGCAGACCCCCGAGGCCCCCGCCCAGAUGGACAGACCAGGUUUGAAAUGAGGAAGAUUACUGCAAAGCUGAACAUUUCUGUGGAAGAGCAAAGAUUCAUGAAUGAUGGUCACUGUGUCCCCAGUUUGAGAGAAAUAUGUGAGUCUGGUAAGAAGAUAGAGAAAAAGCAAGAGAGUCACUUCAAACAAUCAUCAGUCCUAAUUCAUUGUAAGAAAAUGACCUCAGAAACUAAAUGUUCUCAGGACAGUAAAUAUAAGGAAUGCUUUAUGCAACUAAAAGAGCUUUCUGAAUCAAAUGAGAAACUUCCUACAGUCCAGACUUCUCAGUGCAAUAAAUAUGAGAUGGCCUUCUGCUUGAAUUCAGGCCUAAUUAAACAUCAGAAAAGUCAUAGUGGAGACAUACUUUUUACGGGUAAUGAAGGCAAAAAGGGUUUCUGUCAUAGUUCAAAGCUCAUUGACCAACAGAAAAUUGACAAUGGAAAGACAUUUGGACAUCUUGAAUGUGAGAAAGCCCUUCAGCAAGAAUCCUCCCUUAAACAUCAGAAAUUUCAUACUAGUGAAAAGAUACAUAAAUGUAUGGAAUAUGGAAAGGUCUUCAAGCAACAAUCAUUCCUUAUUUCCCACAAGAGCAUUCACUCUGAAGAGAAGUUUCAUGAAAAUCAUGAAUGUGGCAAAACUUUCAGUAAAAACAUAUCCCUUAUUUCCCAUCAGAAAAGACACACUGGAGAGAAACCUUAUGAAUGCAAUCAAUGUGGAAAGGCUUUCACUCAGAGAGCAAGUUUUGUUAAGCAUCAGAGAAUUCACAUUGGAGAGAGACCUUAUGAAUGUAAUCAUUGUGGAAAGAAUUUCAUGGAGAGCUCUGAUCUUGCUGAACAUCAGAGAAUGCACAAUGGAGAGAAACCUUUUGAAUGCAAUCAGUGUGGAAAGGCUUUUAGAGGAAAGUCCAGUCUUGCUCAACAUAAGAGAAUUCAUACUGGAGAAAAACCUUAUGAAUGUACUCAAUGUGGAAAAAGUUUUAGACAGAGCUCUAAACUUGCUUUACAUUGGAGGAGCCAUACUGGAGAGAAACCUUAUGACUGUAAUUAUUGUGAAAAGACUUUCAGAUAUAGUUCUAGUCUUGCUAAACAUCAAAGAAUCCACACUGGAAGGAAAUCUUAUGAAUGUAAUCAGUGUGGAAAGACUUUUAUAAAUGCAUCCAAUCUUACUCUACAUCAGAGAAUCCACACUGGAGAGAAACCCUAUGAAUGUAAUCAAUGUGGAAGGACUUUCAGAUUUAGCUCUAGUCUUGCUACCCAUCAGAAAAUCCACACUGGAGAGAAACCCUAUGAAUGUAAUCAAUGUGGAAAGACAUUCCGAUGCAGCUAUAGUCUUGUUCUACAUCAGAGAAUUCACACUGGAGAAAAACCUUAUGAAUGUAAUCAAUGUGGAAAGACUUUCAGAAGAAAUGUCAGCCUGGCUCUGCAUCAGAGAAUCCACACUGGAGAGAAACCUUAUGAGUGUAAACAGUGUGGAAAUACUUUUAGACACCGCUCUAGUCUUGUUAGUCAUCAGAGAAUCCACACUGGAGAGAAACCUUAUGAAUGUAAUCAAUGUGGAAAGAGUUUCCGAGAGAGUUCUGAUCUUGCUGCACAUGAGAGAAUCCACACUGGAGAGAAACCUUAUGAAUGCAAUCAGUGUGGAAAGGCUUUUAGAGGAAGCUCCAAUCUUGCUCAACAUAAGAGAAUUCACACUGGAGAAAAACCUUAUGAAUGUAAUCAAUGUGGAAAAAGUUUCAGACAAAGCUCUAAACUUGUUCUACAUAAAAUGAUCCACACUGGAGAGAAACCUCAUGAAUGUAAUCAUUGUGGGAAAAGCUUCUGCCAACAGUCAUCCCUCAAUAUCCACCAAAGAAUUCAUACAAUAUAGAAAUCUUACUACCAUAAUGAAUGAGGUAAUUUAAAUGGUGUAAUUAAAAGCUUGUUGUUCAGUAGUUUUUCACUCGUGUCUGACUUUUACUGAACCAAUUUGGGAUUUUCUUGGCAGAGAUACUGAAAUAUGACAAAUGUUGGAGGGGAUUCAGGAAAAUUGGGAUACUGAGGCACUGUUCAGGGAAUAAUGAGUUGAUCCAAUCAUUCUGGUGAGCAAUUUGGAAUAAUGCCCAAAGGGGCUAUAAAGCCAUAUAUACCCUUUGACCUAGCAAUACCACUACUAAGUCUGUUUUCCAAAGAGAUUUUGUGUACAAAAAUAUGAACUCAUUUCACAGUGGCAAAUCUUUGGAAAUAAAGGGAAUACCUAUCAAUUGGGGAGUGAUUGAACAAGUUGUAGGUUAUAAUUGUGAUGGAAUACUAUUGUGCUACAAGAAAUGAUGCACAAAUGCUCUCAGAAGAACUUGGUAAAGAGACGAACUGAUGCAAAGGGACCUGAGCAGAACCAGCACACUGUACAUAGUAACAGCAAAGAGAUCAAAUAUGAAUGUCUUAACUAUUCUCAGCAAUACAAUGAUUCAAGAAAAUUUGAAAGAUUUGUGAUGAAAAAUGCCAUGCACCUCCAAAGAAAAAGCUGAUGGAGUCUGAAUUCAGAUAAAAGCAUAUUUUUUUACUUUUGUUUUCUUGUGUUUUUAAAUUUU